AUGGGGGUGGAAAAAGAUAACAGUGCCAACAGUAACAGCGCAGAUACUGAUUUGCAGAAAGCUCGUGACAUCUAUGGCGCAGAAUCAGCGCAAAUGACAUUUGCAAAAUCUUCGCUAAACGUCCUCUGGGAAGAAUUACGUAAAACAGCAGAUACCAAUCAUGAUGAUAUCAUUUCAAUGAACGAAUGGAUUAAUUUACUUCGACGAAGUGAAUCAGAUAUACUACCAAAAUGGUUACAGGAUUACUGCGGAUAUAUGUUUAAAUUAUUUGACGUUUCAGCUGACGGUGUUAUCGAUAUUGUUGAAUAUACAGAUGGUAUGAGUUCUUACGGUUACUCACCUUCAUCUUCUCAUGAUGCAUUCCAGCAUUUACUCACGGAUGAAAAAGGCGAAAAGUCAGUACAUUUGAGUCCACAGCAGUGGAAUAAACUUUUCAGGGAGUAUUUCUACGCCAAAGAUAAGAACGCGAAAGGCAAUCAUUUGUUCGGAACACUUGAAGAAUUGGACAAAUUUUAA